GUGGCAAACACGUUUUUGUCCGAAGAUUCCAAUAUAAAAUAAACCCAUAAUGAACCAAAUAUGGCGACCACCUUCGUAAUAAACUAUUCUCUUACCCAAACACCACCACCACCACCAUUUUAUGCGCAUCUCCGUCCACUCAAAUGGCGGGAGACCAGUCAGGGUCCAGUCUCUACAGAGUCUUGGCGGAUCGGUGUCUGAGUCUGGAGGCCAGUCAUGCAGAGUUGGAGGAGGAACUGAGCGAGAUGGUGGAGCAGAAGAAGAAAAAGAAGAUGAUAAGAAAUGAUAAUAGUGAGAUGAUAGUGAUGCCAGAUUCUGAUGAGGUGACGUCAGAUUCCGGUUGGGGAUGUAUUCCAGGGUACUUUACAGCUGGGGGUCCUUACAAGAGGGUGCUAGAAUCCAUUGGACAUGCUGUUCAUGUAUGCAGCGCUGCCUCUGGAGAGAUCAUAUAUUGGAAUCAUUCUGCUGAACAUCUUUAUGGAUGGAAGGACUAUGAAGUCCUUGGACGGAGUGUUGCUGAACUCCUUGUAGAUGAAGAAUACUAUGCACCUCUCAACAAAAUUGUAGGAAGAUUGAGUUUUGGGCAAUCCUGGUCAGGUCAGUUUCCUUUUAAGAAGAAGAAUGGAGAUAUAUUUAUGGCAAUCGUCACAAAGAGCCCAUUGUAUGAGGAUGGUAAGCUUGCUGGUAUUAUCACUGUUUCAAGUGAUGCAGCAACAUUCAAUAGUACUGCAAAUUCAGAGAACCUGAGAACACAUCAAGAUCGUGCUAGAGUACCAAGGAUAAAUUUAAAAAAGAUUCAGUGGCGUCCUCGCCCACUAAUUGCUCCGGUGCCACAAAUUGCAUCGUCAGUUUCCAAUCUGGCCUCAAGACUUAAGCUGCAGAAACGUGAUGAUGACACAUGUGAUGGUCAUGAGAAUUUCAGGGACAAAGAACAUGAUGCUACAAAAGCCAAGGGUGUUAAGUCAGCCUUACCUGGUGCACUAGCAGCUACGGUGUUAUCAAAGCUGCACAUUGGAGGAAUUGGUAGCACUGGAAAAGAAGAUGUCAUUGGUCAACAAAAUGGCAUGAGUGUAACUGCAGAUAGCUAUAAAUCAACAAAAGAAACUAAUAAUCCUAGAGCUUCAGAGCCAUCAAGUUCUCACCACUGCACCACUGAUACUGGGUGUGAGGGACGAAUUCCACACAAAAGAAAUUCGUUACAUGCAGAUUCGAAAGUCAAUUCAAGCAGAAACCCCAAAGCCUCUGAAGAGAGUUGUCAAGCCUAUUUAAUAGAGUGCAAUCAAUGUCUUGGGUUAGCUAAACCAGGAGAUCAAUUGCCCAGAUUAGGUUGCCAAGAGGAUGAGAAUGAGUUGGAGCCUGAAACAGCAAACUUGGAAACUGCAGAGACAGAAGACAAAGCACAAGGACAGCCAGAUGGGACUCGAUUUCCAAGUGCAGGGGAGAGCUCUGGCAGAGUAGGAAGUUCACCAAGCAGAGGGGAUAAAGAGUCAAAUUCUGUGGUAGAUUGUGAGAUUCAAUGGGAAGACCUACAGCUGGGGGAGGAGAUUGGGCAAGGUUCAUAUGCUGUUGUCUAUCGUGGAAUUUGGAAUGGAUCGGACGUUGCAGUUAAGCUUUACUUUGGCAAUCAAUACAAAGAAGAAACUUUGCUAGAUUACCAAAAAGAGAUUGAUAUAAUGAAGAGACUUAGACAUCCGAAUGUGUUGCUAUUCAUGGGAGCAGUAUAUUCACAAGAACGACUUGCUAUUGUAACAGAAUUCUUGCCCAGGGGGAGCCUUUUCAAAGCACUUCACAAAAACAAUCAGGCAUUGGACAUUAGACGACGUCUUAGGAUGGCCCUUGAUGUUGCUAGAGGUAUGAAUUAUUUGCAUCACAGAAAUCCACCAAUAGUUCAUAGAGACCUGAAAUCUUCAAAUCUUCUAGUUGAUAAAAACUGGACUGUCAAGGUUGGAGACUUUGGCCUGUCAAGGUGGAAGAAUGCAACCUUCAUAACCGCAAAAUCUGGAAGAGGAACUCCUCAGUGGAUGGCCCCUGAAGUCCUCCGAAACGAACCAUCAAAUGAAAAGUCUGAUGUGUUUAGCUACGGGGUCAUCCUGUGGGAACUAAUGACUGUAUCCAUUCCAUGGGUCAAUCUGAACGCCAUGCAGGUAGUUGGAGUUGUAGGCUUCAUGGACAGAAGAUUGGAAUUACCAGAAGGCAUAGAUCCCAAGUUAGCAUCCAUUGUUCGUGACUGUUGGCAAAGCGAUCCAGAACAACGUCCAUCAUUUGAAGACAUAAUUCAUCGGAUGACAAGCAUAGUACAAAGAGUUGCUCCAUCUCCUGUUCAGAAGGCUUUAUAGAGUUGGAAUUGCAAUCUACCUCUUAGAUAUAAAGAGAAAAAUACAAGUAAAAAAUAUCUGGAUAUAGAUUUGCGAAAGUAACGGUUGUUCUAAAUUUCUUUUUUGACAGAAAAGGGAAAGUAGCAGCAAAAUGAGAUUGGCUGCUAACAGCAGGUAGCUGCUCCAUUCUCAUCACAAUGGAAUUUUACUCCUGGGAUUUGAAGAUAUGUGGUUGUCAUCCCAUUUCAUGCAAGGCAGAAUCAGGCAAGAAGGGCAUUG